AAUCGGCCUAAAGGACUGACUAUGAGCAAGGAUUGCUUUACCUUCUAAUCAAACAUCCUACAUUCUCACCUACUCUUUCAAGUUUCUGUACAAGCUCAAGAAUUGUGGUUGAAACUUAGGCUACUCAAGGCUAAACUUGAUUACUUAAAUUUUCACGAUGGUGGAUCCAAACCUUGAUGAAAAAGAAAAAGAAGAAGCAUCCGCAGGAACGGAUUCAACAUAUGGUUAUCAUUCCAACAGUACAGAAGGCUACUCUGACAAGCCUGAUCCUGAGGGCGUUGACAACCAAAGCCGUCCUACUGAGGAAUCCAAAACUGCUGAACAUCUUAAGGGAGACGUAGAAGAAGUUAUUGGCAAAGCUACCAAAAACAAAAAUAUCUUAGAAAAGGGAAAAACCAUGAAGGAACAAUAAGAUGUUGCUUUACAAAUGGUGUACUUUCAUUGUUUCUAUGUUAUAAGCCGCUACUUUAAAAACCUUUAACAAUUUUUAUAAGUGGUAAGCCGAAUAAUUCUUCUGAUAAAGUGCAAAAUCUUUAACUUUACAUACCACGAACCCAAACGAUUCCAGUGAAUGGAGUUGCGAUGGGUGACUGAAAUCGCCGACUCAAGCAGAGCUAAAUUGCCCACCAAGGAUGCGGUAACGAAAUAAGAAUUUGUAAGAGGCGUCCUUUACUUAACCAAAAACACCCUAAUUUACUAUUACUAGAUUUUAAAUUAACAUGUUUACAAAUCUUUACGAAUUCGAAGUCCCCUUCCGAAUUAGCUUCAUCUAAUUGUAUUGGCAAAUGAUAAUUAGGAUAAGAAAACAAUGUACUCCUACAGCACUUUAAACAGGU